AUGGCCACGAUAAUGGACGAUACAGAUACCCCCUCAUCCGUUGAGGCGUCCCCGCCCCCCAGUGGUGGAGAGAAGCGUAAGAGACCCGCGGAUGAUAUACCGGAAGACGAAAAGCUAGAAGUCGACAUCACCGCCCCCGAACCGCCGUCAAAGAAAGCCAAACGGCUAGAGAAGAAGCGCGAAAAGCGCUCUUCCAAAUCCAAGAACACCCCAGUCAAUGAAGGCAUUAAAGCACUCGUAAAAGAGUACUUCGAAGGCUCCAUCCUGCAAACAGCCUCCCCCCGCGAACUCGCCGCCAAACGGGGCGAGUAUGGGAUUUGGAUUGGCAAUCUACCUUGGAGCGCGACGAAGGAGUCGUUACGGGAGUUUUUGAAGGAGCAAGGGGGGAUCGAGGGGAGGGAGAUUACGAGGGUUCAUAUGCCUGCUCCUAAUGCUCCUGCUGCCGGGGAUGUUGGGGUGGCGAGGGCGAAGAACAAGGGAUUCGCGUAUGUGGAUUUCUUGAGUGAGGGGAGUUUGAGCAAGGCAUUGGGGGCUAGUGAGAAGUUGAUGGCGGGGAGGAGGGUGUUGGUUAAGAAUGCCAAGUCUUUUGAGGGACGGCCUGAUAGUAAGCCUAAGCAAGUUGAGGGUGAGGGUGCGAGAGAUGGGAAGGUUAAGGAGCCGGCGCGGAGAGUGUUUGUGGGGAAUUUGGGCUUUGACGUCACCAAAGAGGAUCUGGCGGAGCAUUUUAGCCUUGCCGGAGAGGUGGAGGAUAUACAUAUGGCUACUUUCGAAGAUAGUGGGAAGUGCAAGGGCUUCGCUUGGGUAAGGUUUAAGGAGGUCGACGCGGCUGAGGCGGCGGUGAGGGGGUAUGUGUAUCAGAAGGUUGAGGAGGGAAGUGAGGAAGAGAGUGAUGAAGAAGAAGAGGCGGAGAAGGAAGUGGAGCAGGACGACGAGGACGGAAAGCCGAAGUCGAAGAAGACGAAGAAGAAGACGAAGUCGAAGCGGAAUAAACAGCACAUCAACCGUAUACACGGCCGCGAGCUGCGCUGCGAAUUCGCCGAAGACUCGCAGACGCGGUACAAGAAGCGGUUUGGGAAAGGCGCCGCGACGACCAAAGACCGCCGAGCUCCUGCACACGGGGCAGACACUGCAAAUUCCCGGAUCAGCGGUGACGCUGACGAUGCACUCCCCACCGGUGAGGAGACACUGGAGGGUCUCGCGGGAGAAGCGGCCGCUGCACGCUCCGGCGACGGCAAGCCAAGGCGUGCAAAGCAGAAGCCUGGCAAAGAGGAGCGGCGCGAGGAGAGGCGGAAACGGCAUGAUGCUCGCACCGUCGCGCCCGGGCAGGCGUUGGCGAAUGCGCAGCGGGCGACUGGAGCGAUUGUGCAGGGGGCUGGGAAGAAAGUUACUUUCGACUGA